AUGACACAAGUCUAUUGUGACAUCGUGAUGGGAGCCCCUAGAACCGACUACACCCUAUUCAAGAAUGAAACAUCAUGUUACGUCAAUUACAAUUCGCUCUCAGAAGAUCUCCCACCAGGUGUCGCCCUAAGACCCUAUCAAGACGAUCACUUGGACUUGGUGAGCGCAUACGACUACAACCUAAUGGGCUAUGAUCGCAGACACCUGCUGGAAUUGAGUUCUAGGGAAGAAAACAGUCAGACAUUUGUAGCUCUGAAUGGUAGGGAGUGUGUGGGUUUCGGUUCUGUUAAGUUGAGUUGCAUGGGUGCUGCUCGAAUAGGACCUCUCUACGCAGAUGAUGCAACAAUUGCGGAAGCAUUGUUGAAAAAUCUUUUAAAAUCAUUUCCUCGAGGGAGAGGGAUUAUGAUGGUGACACUGAGUAAUAAUUCUAAGGCGAAUAAUCUUAUGACUAAGUUAUCUGUACCUACAACCCAAGAAUUGGUUCAAGUUUUUUCUGAAAGAAUACUUGAAGUUGAUACACAUAAAGUUUACGCGCAUUUUGAUGUAAAUUUCUGCGUCUUUUAA